GAUGAUUUCAAUCAGCUGCGGAAACAUGGAAUAAUGUCUUGGAAGCUGGCAAAGUUUAUUCUAAGCAAGGCAAAGUCCCUAGUGGAUAGAUCGAUGUCUGACUCGCAGAUGCAACUAGCAGAAACAGAUCAAGAUGACGUUAUCCUUAACCUCUUGCAUCUUUUCAAUGUUAUUGCAUAAGAAAAGGUUGAAUCGCACGGACAUUCAGCAGCUGUCGGUGUUCAACGCAAUCAAAGAUUAUAUGUUCCUUGCAUGGUCGAACAGGAAAUGACUGAGCAAGUCCCAAUUGCAUACAAAUCAGCCUUGUGCUCUACUACAGCUCCCCCACCUCUUUUCAUAACUCCAAAAGGCUUUAGCUGUUUUCUCAAUCCUCUCUUUUACCGUCUUAUAGUCCGCAUGAUACCUCAGUUUUCUUCGGAGCGAUUACCACUUCUCAGCAGAAAGCAAGUCAUUUUUUAUCUUGAUAAAGGCGUGGAUUUGGAGUUGGUCUACACCAAAGAUGUUGUUAUAUUUACUGUUUUUGCUCCCCCAAACAACGAGCUGCCAGAAGUAGCUGUUCUUGCUCCACUGUGCGACAGAGUGAGAAAGACAAUAUUGCAAGAGCUCACAGAGGCUAAGAAACGAGGCAUGGACGGCUUCGAGUCUGAGCUUUGUGUUCAUAGUGCAGCUGAAGAACUGAAAGAGACAUGCUAUGACCUCAAACGUCUAGCAUCUCUUGACAAAUAUUUAAAAAAGGAUGAAAUUUUAGAAGACAGAAAUCAAGUCCCUAUUCGUCAUCCUCGUCAUCUUGGUGUCUGGUAUGGCAAAACGUUCGGUGGAGGUAACGCAAGAAAUUUGGGUAACAAGAAAAUUACUUGUACAUAUAUGCAAGAGUGAUUGUUACAUGUUUAGUAAAUGUUAAUAGUUUUUCGGUUAGAGGUAAACAGAAGUUCGCAACAUAAAAGAUAAUAGAAUUCCCAUUGAUAAGCUUAGAAUUUCUGAGAACUCGACAGAAAUCCAAUAAGUUAUGGCCGAGUAACAAAGCUGACUUCUCUUUGAAACCGUCAUUUGCAAUCUAUUUAUUAGUUUAAACAACAGAUUAAGCUAAGACUUCCUCAAUAUAGUAACUUUGCAACUAGAUAUGCUAAACAAGGAAUAUCCCAAUAAACCGCUUUAUUGACCGCAUAUGAACAUAGCUUAGGAAAGUAACAACAAUUAACUUUUAAGGCUUUUCGUAACUACCAUACAAACUUUAAAAGCAGCGAUAGAACGACCAAAACAUAAAUUAAACAGACAAUGCAUUAGAUCAUUGACUAACGCACCACACUUGAUCAUGCCUUUAGUAUAGUAGGUUUAGUUGUACCCUCUUGGGUCAAACAUGAAAUAAUUAAUACUGUUUGUGAAAACGUUAAAAUUUAUAUUAUUUUUAGUGUUUUUGUUUAAAUAUAUUUUAAAAAGGGUUUUGUUGAAUUUUGUUGUAGAUUGUAC